AUGCAAAAAAGAAUGUAUUAGGCUUAGAAUAGUCGAAGGAGAGAAAGAGAAAGAUGAUGACUCAUUAGAGACCAUUCACCAGCUUAUAAGUAGUAAAUCUAGCAACAGGAAAAGUUAUCAACAGAGAAAAUCCGAUCGAGAAUCCUCAUCGGAGAGAGGUUAUUGUAGGAUCGUAAGAGCACUAGAGAAUGGUGCUUCUGCCUGCUUUCUUGGAUGGGUUGGCGAGAAGUGUAUCAAUGAAGAAAGGAAAAUAUAUAUCAGAGGAUGAAGAUGGAGGGAGAGAGAUCGCAAAAUCGUUGAUGAAAGAUGCCAAGAAGAACUCGACUUUGCUUGGUUCAUCAGGCUUUGUUAACUCAGAAAAUUCUAAGAGAUUCACCUCUAUUUGUUCUAAUAGAGGUGAGAAAGGAAUUAACCAAGACCGUGCCAUCGUUUGGGAGGGGUUUGGGUGCCAAGAAGACAUAACAUUUUGUGGGAUGUUCGAUGGACAUGGACCAUGGGGACAUGUGAUAACCAAAAGAGUAAAAAAGCUAUUUCCAUCUUCAUUGCUUUGCCAAUGGCAACAAACUCUUGCAACCUUAUCAUCAUCACCGGAAUGUUUCUCUCCAUUUGAUAUCUGGAAGCAAUCUUGCUUGAAAACAUUCUCCCUCAUCGAUCUUGAUCUCAAGAUCCAUCCUUCCAUUGAUUCUUACUGCAGUGGCUGCACCGCUCUAACUGCCGUCUUGCAGGGUGAUCAUCUUGUUGUAGCAAAUGCCGGUGACUCACGAGCAGUAAUAGCAACAACUUCUGACGACGGAAGCGGUUUAGUUCCGGUUCAGCUAUCAGUAGACUUUAAACCGAACAUUCCAGAGGAAGCAGAACGAAUAAAACAAUCAGAUGGACGAUUGUUUUGCCUAGAUGAUGAACCGGGAGUGUACCGGGUGGGCAUGCCAAAUGGCAGAUCGCUCGGUUUAGCUGUCUCAAGAGCGUUUGGAGACUACUGUCUUAAAGAAUUUGGUUUAGUCUCUAUACCGGAAGUGACAUACAGAAAGAUAACCGACAAGGACCAAUUCCUCAUCUUGGCCACAGAUGGGAUGUGGGAUGUGAUGACAAACGAUGAGGCAGUGGAGAUAGUAAGAGGAGUAAAAGAGAGAAGAAAGAGUGCAAAGAGAUUGGUAGAGAGAGCUAUGAUACUUUGGCGUAGGAAGAGAAGAAGCAUCGCCAUGGAUGAUAUCUCUGCUCUUUGUCUCUUCUUUCACCCUUCUUAGUUUCAAUCUUCUUUAACCUCUAAUACAUAUAUCCAUGUAUUUUGAGCUUCAUCAACAAAAAUGUCAUAUAUAUAUAAACACAUUUACAUAGAAUAAUAGAUGUUGUGAAGACAGUUGUUAAUAUUAGAAACGAGUGAUUAAGAGUUCCAUCAUAUUUUCGUAAAAUGGCGUGUAAUGGACAUUGUUCUUCUUGUGUAACGUUGAAAU